AUGGACUGCAACAACUUGGUAGAGAUACUCCGCAGAUCGGCAGAAGACAACAAGAAGGCUUGUGAGGCUGCGCUUGUCCAGCCGGUACCCACUGUUUCCCUCCGGCCCGCUGCGGCAGAGUUCGUUCCGACGGGGGUGUACUCAUCGCCGCCGUCAGAAGCAGCUUUCCUGGACGAGGACUCAACGUCGUACUACGAGUACGUUGGGUACUCGUUGCCAUAUACACCACCAACACCGCCGAGUCUUCAGAGCGACGUUGAAGAACCCAAAUGCAUGGAAAACUCAGCGUCGGAAGUGUCAGAAGCACCAAGUCCAUUCGCCGGUAUCGACUACUCCACGGCGAUGUAUGGCUCUGGCAUCCAAAAGUGGCCAGCAGUCGAUCGCGCCGACCUCAACCCUUCCAGCACAGUAACUCUCCGAUUCCGCACCACACGAGGGACACACAAUAUCCCCGUCCCCAAACUCCCUCUCAUCGCGGUUUCCCCUCGAAUCAGGGCAGCCUUCGUCGAGAAUCCAGCACUGGAGCGGAUGACAUUUUUCAUGCCAAACAUGACGCCCGGAGCUAUCCGGGCCAUUGCAAGAUGGCUGAAGAAUAUCUGCAAGGAUGCCGAAGCUCGGGAGAUUCGAAUCCCAGAAACUGCACAGUCAUGGCAGAAAGCCCUGGAGCUGCGCAUGACGGCAAUGGAGCUUGGGAUGGAGCAGUACGUUGAGCACAUUGGCGCUGGAUACCUGCCGAGUCUGGUCGGUCGGGAGCUUGACUUUGAUGAGGCGCGGAUCCUGGUCAAGAGCGCGCGUGGGAAAGAUGAUAAGCUGCUGGUUGCUUUUGCGAACAGCUUGGCGUAUCUUGUUCGGUACCACAAGCUUUCGGGAGAGGAGGAGGCGAUUCUAGCGAGGCAUUUGUCGCGUCAGGAGUGGGCUCCGCUUUUGGAGGCGAUACGGGAGGAUGGGGUGAAGGCGCUUCGUCGGAUAGCGUUGGGGUUGGAUUGA